AUGUCAAAUCAACACACAUUCCAAGCAUUCGAGAGUUACGAUUUUGACAGUGACCCAAACUUUCAGGCAGGGUUACCAGCAAUUCAUAGUCUCACGAUUUCCAAAUCGGCAAAAGAAGCAAACCAGAUACUUGAGAAGGCUAAAUGCUUUUAUUAUUCAAAAGCUGUGGAAAAUAUUGACUACGAUUCGUACAUCCUUUGGAAGAACUCGCAAACAUCAUCAUCGCCUACCAAAAAAAAUAAUCUCGACGGUGAUAAUGGAAGAGGAAAAGAAAAAAUGAAAUUGGCGCCAAUACCCACAACAAACUCAUCUUCAUCAACAAAAGCGAAAGGCACAUUAACAAAUGCCGAGGACAGUAUGCCUAGUGAGAACAAAGACCAAGAGGGGCUGGAUGCUGAGACUGGUACAGGAUCUUUUUCUUCGGAUGAUACCGUUAAGGACACAGCAAAAUAUCCUCGUUCAUUUCAAGAAAUAUGUGAAAUGAUUGCGAAUGGUACUCCAAUACCAGGUAAUAAUUAUUAA